CUUUGAGAUGCACAUACACAGCUCAGUAAAAAUACAACAAAACACCAACCCCACCUCAAAUCUCCCCAAAUUCCAAUCCCCCCAAAUUCCAAUUCCCCCCCACCAAACGCUCCUUCCUUUUCAAUUCUCCAAACAUGGGCACAAAUCUCUUAGAAAUCCUCAACGUUAGGGUCGUCGGCACCGGCGAAAAGAUCUUAGGCACCGGCGAAAAGAUCUUAGUCCUCUCCCACGGUUUCGGCACCGAUCAAUCGGCCUGGCAACGGAUCCUCCCUUAUUUCCUACGCGAUUACCGCGUUGUUCUCUACGAUCUCGUCUGCGCCGGCAGCGUCAAUCCGGACAAUUUCGACUUCAGACGAUACACGACGCUCGACGCCUAUGUCGAAGACCUCCUGCAAAUCCUCGAUGCUCUACGCGUCAACAAAUGUGCCUUCGUCGGUCACUCUGUAUCGGCCAUGAUCGGCAUCCUCGCCUCCAUUCGCCGACCUGAACUCUUCACUAAGCUCAUCCUCAUCGGCGCCUCACCCAGGUUUUUGAAUGACACGGACUAUCACGGCGGAUUCGAGCUGCCCGAGAUCGAGAAGUUGUUUUCUGCGAUGAAGGCGAAUUACGAGGCGUGGGUGUCGGGAUUCGCGCCGCUAGCGGUUGGGGCGGACGUGCCGGCUGCAGUGAGGGAAUUCAGCAGGACAUUGUUCAACAUGCGGCCCGAUAUAUCGCUGUACGUAUCGGAGACGGUGUUUCGCAGCGAUUUACGGGGCGUGCUGGGCAUGGUCAAGGUGCCUUGCUGUAUAAUUCAGACGGCCAAGGACGUAUCUGUGCCGAUAUCGGUCGCGAUGUAUCUCAAGACACAUCUCGGUGGUCGAAACACGGUCGAGAUGUUACCCACGGAGGGUCAUUUGCCGCAUCUCAGUGCCCCAGCAAUGCUAGUUAAGGUGUUGCGCCGUGCUCUGGGCCGUUGAUGGACACGUGGACCAACGGUUGGGUUCCUAUAAAUAAGGUGGGUGAUGUUGACACGUGGCGAAUAAUUUGUGGACCGAAGUCUUUGCGUAUGGGGUCUUGUUAUCUUCUUGUCUUUGCAGGAUACGCGUCUUCACGUGGGAAGCACGUGAUGCCACCUUCUUCUUCUUCUUCUUCUUCUUCUUCU